AAGGCGAGGGGUUAACGUGAGGCACUUCUUCAGCGCCGCCAAGAAGUUAGCACAUUAACGCAAAAAGUGCGUCGGUGUUGAACCCAAUGGCAAGCGUCAUUUUCCCCUUUGGACAAGGGAGAAAUGACCGGUCGGUGGAAGAAGUGUAUCAGAUUUUGUCGAAACUGAACGGUAAGUCUACUGUUGAAGACGAGUUUAGGCACAAGGACCUAUAUAAGGGCAUCCCAAAAUAACCAGUGGUAUCAGUUGAUCCCUUCUUGACUUCAAGAGCACAUCUCAUCCCAACCAUGAAUAAAUUCGUCGCCGUUCUUUCCCUUAUCGUGGCUGUGGCCUCAGGUGCCCGCAUUCCCCGUGACUCGGGAUACUCCCAGAGUGGAUCCCAGAGGGGCAAUGCCCAAGCUCAAGCUCCCAUUGGUAUUGUCUCUUCAGUCUACAAUGGCCCCACCGCCGAGUCGCAGAACUUUGACUUUGCCUUUGAGACAGAGAAUGGCAUCCGGCAAGAGGCCACUGGAGAGAUGAAGACCAUUGAUGACACCGAGGUGGUCGUGAUGCGCGGCAGCUACACCUAUUUGGAUGCCGAGGGUCGUGAUGUGACCGUGACUUGGGAGGCCGAUGAGAAUGGUUAUCGUGCUGAGUCUGACAUUUUGCCCGUGGCCCCAGAGAUCCCAUUUGAAGAGCAACGCCAGGCUGUGGCCGCUCAAAUCGCCUUUGCCCAACAAGAGGAACAAGCCGCCGCUGCCUCUUCCACUUCCAACAGAUACGCCCCUGCUCCUGCCAACAGCUACUCUGCUGCGGCUCCGGCCGCUCCCACCAGCCAAUACGGUGCUGCUUCUCCUGCUCAACCCACAUACACGCAAUACAACUACUAAAUAUUGAAUGGGAUUCAAUCAAAAAGGAUUCAAGAGGUGACUGUUGAGUCGUCUUUAGUUGGUAUCCGCAACACUUUCCCAAACUCUAUGCACUAUGAUUAUUUAUUAAACAUAUGAAUAUCGAUGA